CUUCUACUCUCACAUGGAGGACUAUGGAGAGGACAGCAGCCCCCACCCUGAACAGGGGGCAGCAGCUGAAGUGGGGGGCAGCUUCUGUGAAGGAGCUCUGAGCCUGGACCACAGUGAGAAUCCAGAGGACAACCAGGCCCAGGGGGGGCAUGUGAGCCCUCAUGAUAACCUGGAUCCCGAAGAUGACAUCAACAGCCAGGAGCCCAUGGAGGUGGACCCAGAGGAGGCAGCCCUUGAGAUGCCUGAGGUUCGAAGGAGCAGGCCCAGCAGGCCCCGCAAUCAGUUCCACUUCACACACUGGCAGGUGCGGGAAAUGGAGACUGUUUUCCAAGAAACCCAGUACCCAGAUGUACUCACAAGGCUUGGUUUAACAACAGGCGAGCCAAACAGAGGGCCCGGGAGAAGAAAGCAAUGCUCAGGAGUGCACCACGUGGGAUCCAGGACCACAUCUGCAUGAUGGAUGUGGAGGAGCCCUAGAGUGCCAUCCUUGCCCAGGAGGCACAUGGAGAUGGGCUGUUUGAUGUCUCCCCUUGCUUAGACAUGGAAGAAAGCCAUGUCUCCCUAUA